CAAAACAGCCAUGUGUCUCUACUAGCAUUAAUCGACGCCGUCUAUCCUCCACUUCAAUGCACUGAGUGCAAUGUUGUAUCACACACACGUCAAGACCAGCAAAAGCACUUCCCCACCCAUCCACCUCGAUAUCAUUGCCUGCAUCCUCAUUGCGAAUUGUUUUUUAGAACAAAGAGCGCACUACGUUUUCAUAUAUCACGCACACAUUUGCCUUCCAUUGUCACUGGCAUCGACUCAUUACCCACAACACCAACCUGCACAUCGCCACCAACACCGCCUCAACCAUCUCCCCCCACGUCACCGUCAUCUUCACCUAUCGCCCCUUUGUUAGCAACGACGAAACAACCGAAAAACCAACAACAACAGCAAGCUCAGAAACAAAGGAACAUCAUGUCUUCAUGGCGGGUCUCCUCAUUUGGACGGCCACCGACAAGCUCACGUGCUCCACGCGGUUCAAAAAAGAUCGUCUUGUCACCUCAAGUUGAAAGUUUGCUCAACUCUGUCUACCAUCCACUUCAGUGCCCAUCAUGCCAUCAACACUUCAACCGGAAAACCAACGUCAUCAAACACUUGACAGAUCAACACUAUGGCGAGGAGCCAUAUCGAUGCGUAUUUGCGGAAUGUCUGCACCCGAAACUGUAUGCGACGAGGGAGGGCCUGGUGUACCAUAUCCUUCGAGUCCAUGACCAACAG